ACACACCUCUUAAUUUUCUGUACAACCUUUAGAGAGAUUCUCUCUGAAUACGAGGUUGAAGCUUGAAUGCUGGAGCUGGAUUUCUCCAUGGGUGAAGAUCAGGAGCUGUUUCUAAAUGGGUUACAAGGAGUUUUCCCAGUUGAGCUUGAUUCAGAAUCCAGAGGCUACCAGACAGCUACCAUACUUGGCGAGAAGAUUUUUGUGAUCGGGUGUUCGGAUGAAGGAUCCAACUUGUCGAUUAGCAUCCAGAUUUUUGACAAGUCUACAGGUAAAUGGGAUGCUCCAACUGUGUUGGGUAUAAAACCCACCCCAUGCAAGGGUCACUCUGCAGUGCUUCUAAAUAAAGAAAGAAUUUUGAUUCUUAAGAGGGACUCUACCCCGGAUGACUGCGCCUGGUUUCUUGAGGUGGAUACUCCAUUUGUUAGAGAACAAAAGAAAAUAUUGGAAACUGAGGUUGUUGCUUGGAGUAAAGGUGUGAAAGGUGAAGGUCCUAAACCAAUAGUGAUCAGUGGCCCCUCUGGAGUAGGUAAGGGAACACUGAUAUCAAAACUGAUGAAGGAAUUCCCAUCCACGUUUGGGUUCUCUGUGAGCCACACAACUAGGGCUCCAAGGGAGAAGGAGAAAGACGGAAUCCAUUACCACUUCACGGAACGAAGUGUGAUGGAGAAGGCGAUACAAGAGGGGAAGUUCCUCGAAUUUGCAUCAGUCCAUGGAAAUCUUUAUGGGACCAGUAUAGAAGCUGUUGAAGUGGUCACAGAUGCAGGGAAGAGAUGUAUUCUUGACAUAGAUGUUCAAGGUGCCAGGUCUGUGAAAGCUAGUUCUCUUGAAGCAAUUUUCAUCUUCAUCUGCCCACCCUCAUUUGAGGAGCUUGAGCAGCGACUUCGUGCACGGGGAACUGAAACAGAGGAACAGAUCCAAAAGAGACUGAGGAAUGCAAAAGUGGAGCUUGAGCAAGGAAAGUCAUCAGGCCUUUUUGAUCAUAUAUUGAUAAACGAUGACCUCGAGGCAUGCUUUGAGAAUCUUAAGAAACUCUUGGGUCUCGAUGAAACCAUGGAGACCACACAUCAAUCAUCUCCAAAAACCUUGGAACUUCCCAUAGACCAUUUGGUGUCAGAAACGGAUCAGAAGGUCUUGAUAGAAUGCGGAACUCCUGAACUAGGAAAAACAUCAAAGAGCUUGUUUAUACUCGAUGUAUCUUCGAUUAAGGGAGGAGCCCCUGGCCGGACGAGAGGACUAAACAUGUAUGCUAUAGACCCUUAUGCAGAUGGUUUAAAUGGGCUUAAACAGCUCCAAAAUCCAGUCUAUUGAGUGAAUUGAGCACGUUGACUAAUCAAGACUAACUAUAUUGUCUCAAUUUUGGAUUCUUUAGCUUAGAAAAAGAAGAAUGGUGAUAAGCUCUUUCUUAUUAUAUUCCAUAGGCUAGAACUCUUCUAUUAUUCUGCUCUUGUACUGAUGAUUCAUGGUGAAUAUAUCUGAGGAGACCGUUCUUUAUU